AUGACUAAUGGUGCCGCGGCGCCCUCCCACGGACGUCCCCAGAAUCCCGUGUGUCGUCAGGAGGCGGGCCUUCGUGUGCUGACGCUGUCCUCGUGCACCGUCAGCCAGUUCACUUGCUCCGACGGCUCCUGCGUCGACUUCGCCAAGCGCUGCGACCUUAAGUUCGACUGCGACGACAAGUCGGACGAGAGCCACUGCGACAUCAUCAAUUUCCCGAAGGAUUACAGGUCGAAGCUCCCGCCGAGGCCAGCCUCCGACUCCUCCCUCCCGAUCGCCCUCGACGUGACGAUGGACACCCUCAACAUCGACACCACCACCAUGCUGCUCUCCGUCAGCUACAACCUGCGGAUGACGUGGUUCGACAACAGGCUCACCUUCAACAACCUCAAGAACAUGACGCGACUCAACACGGGUGAGGCUCGCGUCGGAGGCCCUCGAGUUAAGGGGCCAGUGUCGCUGGAGCAGGUGGCGGGGCUGUGGCGUCCGCACCUCGGCUUCAUCAACACGGACGACAUCCAGAACACGGCGGUCGACGCGGACGCCGUCACGACCGUCGUCAAGCUCGACCAGGACUUCGCGCCCGACCUCUCCAACCCCUACGAGGGUGAGGGCGGUUCGAGGGGCAUCGAGAUCUACCGAGGCGACACCAAUCCCGUUUCGACCAUCAGGAAGUAUAGCACUGUCUACACCUGCAACUUCGACCUGGUUCUCUAUCCCUUCGACAUCCAGAACUGCUACUUGGUGCUGCAGGUUCUCUCGGCGUCUUCGGACUACCUUCUUUAUGACGCUGAGGGUUCCUCGGUGGAGUACCUGGGGCCGACGCUGCUGGUGGAGUACGGCGUCGGGCGCAUCGACCUGCGGGCGGACAACGCGACGCAGUUCGCCGUGGCGCGCGUGCGCGUCGAGCUGAUCCGCCGCUACGGGUACGCGAUGCUCAACAUCUACAUCCCGUCGCUGACGCUGCUCGUCAUCAGCUACGUCACGCUCUUCUUCCGCCCCUCCAUCUUCGAGGUGCGCGUGAUGACGGCGCUGACGUCGCUGCUGGUGCUGGCCACGCUCUUCACGCAGGUGUCCUCCUCGCUGCCCAAGACGUCCUACUUCAAGAUGGUCGACAUCUGGCUCCUCUUCUGCAUCGUCCUCAUCUUCCUCAUCAUCCUCUUCCACACCGUCAUCGACCGCUACGUCGACUAUUCGGCCUUCUUCGGGGCUGCCCCCGGGUUCAAGGAGGGGACGUGGCUCAGGCCUCCUUCGGGGGGCAGGGGCGCGUCCUCGAUCAAGGUCCUGCCGGCGGACCUGAAGGACGCUCCACCCUCCGCCGGCAGUGGGCGGAGGGGGGGCGUCACGGCUUGGCAAAGCAAGCUGAGGAACUUCUCGGUCGACCUGGACUUCUGCCUCCGCUUCUCCAAGGCCUCCAUCUUCGCCACGUUCCUCCUGUUCAACCUGGUCUACUGGGGGAGGCUGGCCGCGGGCUCCGGCCUCGUCUACUACCUGUACAACUGA